UGUCUGGAUGUAUCGGAACUAGGACUCGGAUAUCAUUCUGUUCUUACAGCAGGUUCGAGCGGCAGCCGAGGUAUGGCACUCCAAGCUUCAAUGCUGACACCUCUUCUUCAAGCUGUGAGAAUAGCACUCCUUUUUGGACAUCUGGGAGUCAGUGGUCUGGAUUUGGGCCGCAUAUUCAAAGCCACCUACAGUCGUGGCCACAGACCUGACGUCAACGUGACGUCAAUCAUGAUGACGUGUCCCGUGUCACGUACACUCCACUGUGAACGGCUGUGCACGAUGACGUCAGGAUGCAUGUCGUUCUACUACAACCCCCUCCAGGGAACCUGUCAGUUUUACAGUGAUGCUGCAAGGUGCCCCGCUGACAAAACUCACCAGAAUGGGUCCAAGCAUACCGACCUGUAUUUCUACAGAAGGGAAGGUGGUCAGAAGGCUCAGCAAAGAAGAUGGACACGGUUGCUCUACGGUCCAAUAUGGUCCAAAGAAAGACUUAUGGUAGUGAGCUACUAUGGCUCAACGAAGAGGAUAGUCGCCGUUGGAGACGAUCUCUGGAAAAAUGUCCGCGAGGAAUUAUUUCCGGUGGUCAAAAUAAAGUCUAUCUGUUCUUUCGUGAAAGAGCCAUAA